UCCAGUUACAAACACCCGGGGGCUUUCUGCACGUGCUCAUUGCAGGUGACUCAGGCUGUGUUUACACCGCUUCACGUCCGCCCUUACUCCCAGUUGUCGCUCCUCCGGAGAAGCCGGUUAGAAGGCGAGGGCGAGGAGAGGCAUCACCGUCCCCGUGUGGGCACUUCCAGGGGCACCGGGAGUGGCAGCAGCGAGUCCCCUCAGACGGAGCAGAUGCUACCCGACCCGCCUUCCCUCCUCCGUGGAUUCUGGGUGGUUUCUAUGGCACGUACUCUCACGUGGCUUUGGACCCUUCUCUUUCCGGCCACCCCCCUCAACCUCUGCGCUGGGGCUCCUGCCAGGGAUGUGGCCUCAGGAAAAGCCGCCCCAGGGCCAGCUGCACGUGGUCCCAGGGGGAGCGGAGCGCCGUGUCCCCUAAGUCCUUCUGCCGCGUGGCUUGGGGUCUGCAGCGGGGCGGCCCCAGGUCUCUUGUGGCCGCAGGAAAAGCCAGGUUCCAGGGCGGGUGGGGAAUUCAGACAGUGUGAUCGGAGCCUGGACAGAAACGCGCAGCAGGACUCGGCCCACUGAGGUGAGCGGAGCAGAGCGAGGGCGCCUCCUUCGUGCCUCCCAGCGGACUUGCCGUCAGCGGCCUCGAGACACAGAAACUGGCAGCAGGGGUGGGGGAGGGCAGGGGCCGCCGUGGGGGCCGUGGGGGGACAGCUCUGUGGGAGGGGAGAGGUCUGGGGAGGGACGUGCUGUGCGGGGACCGGGGAGGGCGGACACGUGCCGGUGCAGGAAGGGGCCUGCUCCUCGUGGGUCCGGCUCAGGCGCUGCGGUCGCUGGCACGGCUGCUGUGCUGUGGGAGUGCUCAUGGCUCCUGGCUCGUGGUCCACGUCCUUCCCGCGCACGGCCGAGCUGCGGGCUGCCGUCCUCGUCCGAGACAUGGCCCUCGGCCGCGGCCGCUGGAGAAGCCGUCCUUGGCGGGUCGCUGAGAGGUGCCGUCCUCGCGCUGUCAUUCAGGAGCUACAGCCCUUGAACACGCUGCCUGCAGCGUCGUCCGUGGAGGGUGACAGGAGACGCACCAGGACCCUUCACGCCCCCAGAGGGGCCGACGGCCUGUCCAGGGUCCCGAGAGGCAUGCAGAGUCCCGGGGGUUCUGGCCAGAGCGAGCGAUCGCCCCGGAGAGAAGUAACAGGCCUGGAACCCGGGAAGGAAGAGCCGAGCUCCGUGUUCACAGCGGCGCUGUCUCACGCGUAGGAAGCUCUAGUCUCCCGCACAACACACGACCUUCAGCGCUGAUGGCUUCAGGAAGGCGGCGGGACACAAAUCACACAGAAAUCGUGCAGAAAUCAACUCGCCUUUCAGAUGAAGGGCAAAUUCCCUUUAAA